UCGAUCAGUUAUUCGCUAUGACUUGAUUUUGAUCGUUUCAAAAAAUGAAGAUUGUUAUCGCUACCUGCUUCCUCGUCGGACUACUUCUGCGGUUUCUCGUAGCUGGAGAAGACGAUGUCUGUAAAAAUGGUUCUCCCACGAAUAAGAGCCUCUGGGACUGUUGCAAUAUGCCAAAUCUGGUCAACCAAGACAUCCGUGCCGAUUGUCAUCAAAAGUAUGGUGAACAAACUAUGAAGCAGAUGAAAUUGGAGGGAACUCCUCGAGGAUGCUGCAUCGCCGAAUGCCAACUGAACGCAACCGGUCUAUACGCGGAUGGAAUGAUCAAGCGGGACGAGAUGACCACGAUGUUCAUGGACUCCGUUAAGGAUACACCCGAAUGGCAACCGAUGGUACGUGAUCUGCUGGACGAAUGCUUCCGUGAGGCCGAGGCCAACAAGGACAUCAUCGCAGCCGGAGCCAUGCUGGAACCUAGCUUCGAAGGGGAGAAGAUUUGCCACCCAAUUUCCGGUGCGAUCAUGCGCUGUAUGAACAAGAAUCUGUUCCUCAUGUGCCCGAAGGAAAGCUUCACCGAAGGACCGGAAUGUACCCAGUUGAUGGAUUAUUUUAAAAUGUGCAACGGAAUUUGAGAAGUGUUGGAAAGAUGCCAUAUAGUUCCCGGGAAAUUGUUAACUAUUUAAGUCUCGUUGAAUAAAACAUUAAGAAAGGCAAAUCAA